UUUAGAUAUUGUUAAUAAUAUAAUAAUACAAAAUAAAACACAUCUUAGGUGUCUCUCUUCGCGUUAUAUUUUCCAACCAUGUCAAUCCCUAAAAACAAAGAUGAGGUUGAGCAAAAUCCAAGGAGCUCGUAUUUUAAUUUACCGCCGUUGGAUGUUUCCGUCGCCUUCCCUCAAGCAACUCCAGUUUCCACAUUUCCUCCUAGCGUUUCAGAUUACUAUCAAUUCAGUGAUUUAUUAACCGUGGAGGAUCAGGCACUCAGGAUGAGAGUGAGGGAGUGUAUGGAGAAGGAAAUAGCUCCGAUGAUGACAGAGUAUUGGGAGAAGGCGAAGUUCCCGUUUCAUGCUAUUCCGAAGCUCGGUGCCUUGGGUAUAGCUGGGGGAACGAUCAAGGGUUAUGGGUGCCCUGGUCUUUCCAUCACUGCAAGUGCCAUCGCGAUGGCAGAAGUUGCUAGAGUUGACGCGAGCUGUUCGACUUUUAUUUUGGUGCAUUCUCUGGCAAUGCUCACCAUAGCAUUUUGUGGUUCAGAGGAACAGAAGCUGAAAUAUUUACCUUCUUUGGCACAGUUCAGCACCGUAGCUUGUUGGGCUUUGACCGAGCCUGACUAUGGAAGUGAUGCAAGUGGUCUGAAAACAACAGCAAUAAAGGUGGAAGGAGGUUGGAUACUCGAGGGCAAAAAACGCUGGAUAGGAAACAGUACCUUUGCAGAUUUGCUUGUUGUAUUCGCUCGCAAUACCACUACUAAUCAGAUUAACGGAUUUAUAGUAAAGAAGGACGCUCCUGGAUUAACAGUUACAAAAAUUGAAAAUAAAAUUGGUCUGCGCAUCGUACAAAAUGGAGAUAUUGUCAUGAAAAGAGUUUUUGUUCCUGAUGAGGACAGGUUGCCUGGUGUCAACUCUUUUCAAGAUACAAAUAAGGUUCUAGCUGUUUCGCGCAUAAUGGUUGCCUGGCAACCUAUUGGCAUAUCAAUGGGGGUCUAUGACAUGUGUCACAGGUAUCUAAAGGAAAGGAAACAAUUUGGAGCACCAUUGGCAGCUUUCCAAAUCAAUCAACAGAAACUUGUUCACAUGCUUGGUAAUGUCCAAGCAAUGGUACUAGUUGGUUGGCGUCUUUGCAAGUUGUAUGAAAAGGAAAAAAUGACCCCAGGUCAAGCUAGCUUGGCAAAGGCAUGGAUCAGUUUGAAGGCAAGGGAAACUGCUAGUAUUGGGAGGGAGUUACUUGGUGGCAAUGGAAUUUUGGCUGAUUUUCUAGUUGCCAAGGCACUAUGUGAUUUAGAACCCAUUUACACAUAUGAAGGCACCUAUGACAUCAACAGCUUGAUAACAGGCAGGGAAAUCACUGGUCUUGCCAGUUUUAAGCCAGCGAUGUUGAGCAAGCGAAGUCGCAUGUAGCAGUGUAAACUUUCACGUGCCAUCUGAAUGUGAUUUACUACCUUUUCUGCUGUGUCGGGGAAGCUGCUUGAUAACCUCAUAAGGGAAAAUUGUAAAAUAAACUUCUUCUCGCUCCAUGCACAUCGAUGUCUUGAAUCUUUUUUUUUUUUUUUUUGGGGGGGGGGGGGGGGGUAAUAUAUUUAGCUCAUGUACAGACACUGGUUUGGGAGCUUUGAAAUAAAAAGUUACACGUCCUCAGCA